AAAACGUAUUAUCUCGUCACACGUCACAAAAGCGGCUGCGGUGAAACUCACGACACGUACCGAAUUACCGGAAAAAUCGCGGGAAGCAACUGUGUCGUAAUUUCAUAGCCUCAUUCCCUUACCAUUUCCAACAAGUGCUUUUUAGAAGUGCGGAUUUAAGUGCUUUUUGUAUCCAAAAUGAAUCCCUACCAGCAAGGCCAACAGGGAUAUCCUCAGCAGCAGUACAUGCAUAAUAUAGGAUUUAACAAUGCCGCUCCUCAGUCGUUCGGCAAUCCUAUGCCUAUGCCUGGCAUGCCAACCAUGGGGUACCCGGCACCACCUUCAGGGUACCCUCAGUCUAACCCUGGAUAUCCGCAGUCCACAGGGCAACCCGGUUACCCACAGUCUAAUGCUCAAUAUCCAACAUCUGCUCAAACUGGGUACCCACAACCAGGAGGUUAUCCUAGUGCCUAUCAGGGAUACCCAGGUGCUAACAAUGGCCACCAAAAUGCCAAUCAAGGGUAUCCCAGUGCCAAUCAAGGGUACCCCAGUGCCCAAGCGUACCCUAGUGCUUACCAAGGCUACACACCAGCCGCCCAAGCACCCCAAGUGCAACAGGGGUACACUCAAAGCCAGUCUCAGCCACAUAGCCAAUAUUCUUAUGGCCAAUCAAGCUCUGUACCAACACCAAAGUCAAAGCCCACGGUGGUCCCCGUGAACCCCUUCGACCCCCGCGAGGACGCGGCCGUCCUCCGCAAGGCGAUGAAGGGCUUCGGAACGGACGAGAAGGCCAUCAUCCAGGUGCUCACGCGCCGCAGCAACGAACAGCGGCUGCGCAUUGCGUUUGAGUUCAAAACGCUUUACGGAAAGGACCUAAUCUCAGACCUGAAGAGCGAAACCAGCGGCAAGUUCGAAGACAUCCUAGUGGCGUUGAUGACGCCACUGCCACAGUUCUACGCCAAAGAGCUCCAUGACGCCGUGGCCGGCAUCGGCACGGACGAGGACGUGCUCAUCGAGGUCAUGUGCACCAUGUCCAACCAUGAGAUCCAGGUCAUCAAGCAGGCGUACAAUGCCAUGUACGGAACUCUAUUGGAGGACGACCUCCGCGGAGAUACGUCUGGAAACUUCAAGAGGCUAAUGACCUCACUGAGCAUGGGCAACAGGUCUGAGGAGUUCCACGUGAACCAAGAAAGAGCGAGAGAGGACGCCAGGAGCUUGCUACAAGCUGGCGAGCUGCGACUCGGCACGGAUGAGUCGGUGUUCAACGCCGUCCUCUGUUCGCGCUCGUUCACACAGCUGGCCGCCAUCUUCCAAGAGUACCAGUUCCUCACCGGCCACGACAUCGACGACGCGAUCAAGGCCGAGUUCUCGGGUGAUAUGGAGAAAGCUCUUCGUGCCAUCGUGAAAGUGGUCCGCAACAAGCCGCUGUUCUUCGCCGAGCGGCUGCACAAGUCGAUGAAGGGCAUGGGCACCAACGACCGCCAGCUCAUCCGCGUCAUGGUGACGCGCUGCGAGCUCGACCUGGGGGACAUCUCCGACAUGUUCCAGGCCAAGUACGGCGAGUCCCUGCAGAGCUGGAUCGAGGGUGAUUGCUCCGGGCACUACAAGAAAACUCUCCUGGGCCUGCUCGGAUUGUAUUAAUCUAAAGAAUCUACUCGUUAAGCAUCUUUUUUUUUAAUAAAAACAUCUGUAUGUUGUAUUACCUUUAAGUAUUUUAGCGUCUACGGAAGCCUCAUUGAAUUAUUAAUCAUCAAAAAUUUGCUGUAUUACUAGAAUCUCAAUGAUUUCUUCAAAUGGUUUUAUAUUGUGUAUCACUUCAGAAAUUUCAUCUUGAGUUUCAUACGUAUUAUAUAUUUAUAUCUGUGUUGUGAAACGAUUGAAAUUGAAUGGUACCCACUCUUCUUGAUGGAUCUGCUUUUGCAGGUCAUUAAAUACUAAUUAAAGUUGUUUUUAUAAUUAUGAAAAAUUUGCAAAAUUUUGACAGUAUAAUUUUAUUACAUAUAUGUUUUAUAUUAACAAAAGUGAACGAGAUUUUACCAUUAAUUAAAAAAUAAUAAUUAUUUAUCACUGUCUUUUGACAUAAAAGAAUAAACUUCAUCGCGUUGCCUCAAUUUAUGUGCCUUCGUAUUACCUAUAUAUUAUUUCUAAAGUUCUAUGUAAAUUUACUAUUUUGACUAUGACUGUGGAGUAUAAAAAUAGGCUCAUGAGUAUGACUCAGUUUACAAUUAUAAAGCUCAGCAAAGACAAAACACAAAUAAAAUAAUCAGUUUAGAAAACGAGUAUUUAUAUUUAGUUCUAUGCACAAUAUUAUCUUGAAAGACUAAGUCUAAUGUCUUUUUUUUAGUAAAUGUUAAUAUAUUUUCCAUAUUAACAUAUUUUAUAAAAGUAAAGCUUAUCUCUUAAGGGAUCUCUUCCAGGCUCCAUUCACUUCAACCUUUGAGAAAUUGAGGAAUAUGUAAUAAGCUAUAGAUUAGUACUAUCACUGUUAUUGCUAAACAACUGCCCACCAAAAUAUGAGUGACUUUCUAUUCUGUUAUUUUCAUAAAUUUUGAUAAUGAACCUCUCAGUUUGUCAUUAUUUAUUUGCAAUUUUACUGUCAAAUUAUAUUUUAAUCAGAUUAAUUCUUUGAAUAAAGUAUAUUUUCUCAUUAAUUUUUAACAAGCAGAAACGUCUGCGAUCGAUGCUAUUAAGCUUAGAAUAAAUUUAAAAGUGGAAAAAUUACUGCCUUGGGUGAGACUUGAACUCACGGCCUCUGGAUCGAUACUCCAGCGCUCUGCCAACUGAGCCACCCAGACCUCGCAGUAAUUUUUCCACUUUUAAAUUUAUUCUAAGCAUAUUUUCUCAUUGAUUGUCCUUCCUUAAAUUGAAUAUUGGUGCAUUAAAAAUAAUCUUACUCGAAUAAGUUUUAGCCACAGAUUUCUUGCUAAAAGUUAUUAACAUUAACAAAAAAAUACUAAAUCUGUUAUUAACAAACGCCAGUUCCUGUCAAUUGUUGUGUCAAUCGCCAAUUCUCAUGAAUUGAUGUUAUUCCUUUAUAUUGUCAAGCAUUUAUACCAUAGAUAUCCUGAAUACAAGCGAUGUGCCAUUAAACCGUAUCGACACUCACGAUUCAGAUGAUUAGUGUUUGACCACAUUAGGCAUAUUUGGCUAUAAAUAUAUACAUCAUAUAAACACGAUGAAUUGGUUGUAAGAACUACAACACACAAACAGUAAGUCAUAAUCAUGUAUGUCGCACAUACUUUUAGACUCACUCACUCACAUUCCUCUGGCGCAGCGACCCAAAGUGUGUCUUGGCCUCCAACACGACAGUUCGCCACUGAUCCCGGUCCUGUGACGUUUCUCGCCAGUUUUGAACCUGGAGCUCGCGCAGAUCAGCGUCCACCACAUCUGCCCAUCGGUACCUAGGUCGCCCGACCGGGCGGCGUGCUGUCGGUUUUCCCUCAAACGCUCUUUUCACCGCUCAAUCGCCUCCCAUUCGCUCCAGAUGGCCGAGCCACCAAAGCCUUUGCGCCUUUGUCACACCAAUGAUGUUUGGUUCAGCGACUAGUUGUUCAAGUUCGGCGUUUUUACUUUUAGACACACGACACAAAUCCAUAUCUCUUGUAUUCAGAUAUCGCACUUUUCUAGAGCCCACCUCUAUGCUAAGAGCACGCCUUUAUAGACAUAAGUACAGUAAGUUUAUACUAUAUACUGCUAAAACGUGAAGUGGCUUAAAAAUUAAAUAA